AUGAGCAAGUGAAAGAGCGGAAAGUGCUGAAAAAACAGUGAGAGGCUUCACUUUCAUAAUGUUUCAUAAAUAUGGGGUGAAGAAGAAGCAAGCUAUGUUCGGAUGAAAACUAUCACAAAACUGGAAAACAAUGAAUGUUAUUCUUUAGUAAGUGUCUACGGCUACUAGUAUCUAUUUUUGAAGUAUAAUCUACCAAUAAUUUUGUUUUUACUCCCCUCUGCAACCAUCAUCCAAGAGACGCGACAACUCGUACUUCCCAGCAAUUCUACCGUUUUUUCUAAAACAAGCGCUUAAACAAUAUCCCUAAAGCACAGGAACAUUUUUAUGAACUCGAUUUUGUAUACACCGGUUACAAAUCGCUUAUUUCUGUCAUAAACUGUUAAUUCCGAGCGAAUAUCACCAGUCGGUUCAAUAUACACGAUACAAUCAUAGUUUUCGUUCGCAUUUCGACUGUCAUUGCAGACCACUACGUGCUUACUUUUGGUAUUCAUUAAGCACUUAGUCAAUUUCUCUCAACACGAUUUUAGGUUCGGUGUCAAAGUUAAUUUUACUACUUUCAUGACCGUCUAUGGAAGUCAUAAGAAUGGUCUUGAUCGGCUUCCUGUUGAAGUAGUUGCACUUAUUUGCCGCUUUCUCUCAGUGCCGGACAUUAGCAACCUGCUUGUCGUCUUUCCGCAAUACGAGUCUGCGCUACAGAAGACUAGUACGCUAUUCUGGAAACGAAAGGCGUUUCAGAUUGUCAAUAGACAAAAGAAGUUAGCUAAGGAGGCGCUCACUAAUAGCAGUUCGCCGGAGAGUUCUGCUAGCGGUUUUGUUCUGAGCACACAAUUCACGAACAAUCAAAUAGAACGUGAAUACUAUAGUAAAGCCGAUGAAUUAAAAGCACUCUGUGGAUUGGAACCUAAUCCUCUUAAAGUUCAGGAUAUUGCUACAGCUUUAAAUUAUCUCACGUCGAGAGUUACUCAAAAAGGAAAAGGAAAAGUUAGUUUCUUCCAGAUUCCGGACGUUAAUGAUGAGUGGUUGACUUCUGUUCAGAAGCAACUAGUUUCUUUUUUCUCUCCUGCUGCAGUUGAAGCAUUUAAAUCAUUGCAUGCUUCGAAUGCUACGGUUCUCUUUCUCCAGGCUAUCCUUAUCGGGAUGUUGUUUGAAGACCAGAUUUGGUACUAUUUUAAUUUUUUCUAUGAUGUUUGUUCCACUACUUCUAUUGAGUUCAUGUACUAUUUCCAAGCGAUGCUUACCAUCGUAAGCACUGAUUGUGAACAUUUUCGCGAACCAUUAACACAGACACUUGUGUCCACAAUGACAAGGGUUUCAGAAGUUAUCACCUCAAUUGAGAAUAUAACGUUCAAGGAUUUCAGCGUCGGUCUUACACAAGAACAACAGGACAUUGUGAAUUGUGAGCUUAACGCCGGAGAAAUAUUGAAGGUCAAGGCCUUUGCAGGAACAGGAAAAACAAGAGCAUUGUAUGAAUUUGCGAAAAAACGGCCGAAUGAUAAACUUCUUUAUGUGGCAUUCAAUAAGGCUGCAAAAGAGGAGGCAGAAUCGCGAUUCCCGCAUAAUGUCAAGUGCUCAACCAUGCAUGGACUUGCGUACGGUGCCAUUCUUGCAAAUAUUAAUUUACCUGCCAGCAAAUUAGAACGAAGGCUAUCAAAUUCAACGAUUGCUGAGUUACUAUCUUUGCACGCUCUGUUUCCAAAAAAAGCAAAAAGCGACAGCGGGGAGCGUCCAACGGCCACAUUGGUUGCCUCACAUAUUAUGUACACUUUAAAUCAUUACAUGCACUCUACCGAUACCCAAUUGGGCUAUCAGCACAUAAGUAAGCGCAGCUUAGAUGCGACACAGCUGUCAAAAAAGCAGAUGCUCAUGUACACCGCACAGCUAUGGGCAAUGAUUACAAACUUCAAUAACAUGCAAGCGCCUUUGAUACCAGAUGCGUACAUGAAACUCAUGCAUUUAUACGAUAUACCAAACGUUUUGACCAAAUACGAUUACAUACUAUUCGAUGAGGCACAAGAUUUCACACGUUGUAUGGUUGAUGUUAUAUAUCGCCAAAAGCAUGCUCGCAUCGUUAUUGUAGGUGAUGCUCACCAAUGCAUAUACGGAUUUCGUGGAGCAGAUGCUUGCGCUUUCAAUGAAACGUUGUAUCCUUCAACCAAACAGUUGUACUUAACAAAAAGCUUUCGUUUCGGAAACAGUGUUGCUGCAAUGGCUAACUUCGUGCUUUCACUCAAAGGUGAACGUGUAAAACUGUGUGGUGCACAACAAGAUACGGUAUAUCGUAUGGCUUACGCUGGAAUAAAUAUGGAUCCCAACAAUGAAAGACAACGUUUUAUUCCACAUACUAUAAUCUUUCGUACGAAUAAAGAACUCAUUCUGCAUUCCUUGCGGCUUGCCGUGGCUUUACCAAAAAACAUUCCUAUUGUUAUCCUCGGGUCAAUGAAGAAAAAGGCGUUCCAACUACUAAGGAGUGGUGCUGAUCUGGCUCAUGGCCGACGUCCGACGUACCCAAAACUUCGAGAGUUUCCGACUUGGAACGCAUUUGAGACUCACAUUAAAAAGUCUGCUGAAGAAGACCCCGAGUUAUCACUCGUUUAUGAUUUGGCAGAAGAACUAUUUAGUGAUGAAUUUGUCAACAAGCUUGAGUGCUGUGAACAACGUUUGAAUACAUCGAGCGAUGACGAUAAUAAUGGUGUAAUUCUUACUACUGCUCAUCAAGCCAAGGGUCUGGAAUGGGAAAAUGUUCAAUUGGGCGAUGAUUUUCGACCGAAGUUUGAUAGCAUUUCGUAUACACGGAUACCUUAUUCACGUUUUCUACAGGAGGAGAUUAAUAUCCUCUAUGUUGCCUUGACCCGAGCAAAGAAGAAUCUUAUCCUUAAUCCAAUGUUGACGAAGUACUACGCUCUUCUUAAAGGGCUUGCACGGUACGCUGGUGGUCUUGUAAAAGAAAAGAAUGAUGAAGUUAAAGACUUGGAGCCCGUAUUCUUAGACUGGCAAAUUCGCGAGAACAGCUUCACGCAUGAACCCAUUCCUGAUGGAGGAAAUUUUUUUGUUAACUUCAAAGAAUAUCCAGUAUGGGAUUUAUUUUUUGGAAAAACCACGGGACCAUGGCAGAACUACAUUGUUUCAGCUAACGAACGGUUAAAGAGAUCGAUGGCAUUAAUUGAGGAAUUGUUUAAUUAAUAGAGUUCAAAAUAAAGCUAAUUGCCACUUAUACCCCA